CAUUUCUGCGGUCACACUGAAAUGAAAUAUAACAAUUAACGUAUUUAUUAUAAAAAAACUACUAAAUAAAGUGUAAAAGUGAAUUUAAUUAAAACAUAUUUUUUAAUAUUUAACUAUAUAUAAAUAUUUAGAAAACUUUACUCGUACCAUAAAACAGCUGAGGCUGUUACACAGGAAUAAGAAGAAGCAUCAACACACGUGUGGGAAUUCCUCCACAUUGAAUUCAGAAUUUUAUUUAAUGUUUUUAAGCCGGUUAUUAAACAACUACACAAAGUUUGUAUUAUUAGUACGCCUGAAAACCAUUUGGACUCCCUGGGAUCGCCACAAAUCAUUUGCUGCAGCAAUGUCUGAGGCUCUGGAUAAACUAGAAAUGGAGAAAGAAGCCAGAAAGGAGGCCAAAAGUUUGGAGAACGAGGCUGUAAAAGAGACUAACCGGAUGAAAAGAACACUUAAGCGCAAAAAGUGGGUUGACUGGAAGGAGCAGGACGAGAAAGAUGCGGCCAGCGGUGUAAAGAGGGCUCCCUUCGAUCCCGCCGAUAGAAUCAAGCGCAAGAAAAGCGCAAUCCUGCUGAGCUACUGCGGUGCCAACUACUUUGGGAUGCAACGCAAUCCAGGAAUGCAGACCAUCGAGGAAGAGCUCUUCAAGGCCAUGCUCAAGCACAAAUGGAUCACGGAAGACAGCUUCGAACAAGUGCAGAUCGCCUGCUUUCAGAGGGCCGCCCGCACUGACAAGGGCGUAUCUGCGGCACGCCAAGUGUGCUCCGUCAAGCUGCCUGAGGAGCUGGAUUUGGAGGCCUUUAAUGCUGACCUUCCCGAACAGAUCCGGCUUUUUGGAGUGGAGCGGGUUACCAAGGGUUUUAAUGCCAAGGAUCAGUGCAAUGCUAGAACGUACACCUACACACUACCUACUAUGGCGUUCGCGUCCUGUGAAGAAAAGAUCGAAGACUUGCACGACACUUUUCGCAUUUCGCCAGAGCUGCUAGAGAAAGUCAGAGAUACCCUAAAACUCUAUGAAGGCACGAAGAACUUCCACAACUUCACCAGCAAGAAGAGCUUCCUGGAUCCUUCGUCUAAACGCUUCAUCAUGUCCUUUACUAGCAGCGAUCCAUUCCAGAGCCCUCAGGGCAUAGAAUUCAUCACCUUGAAGGUUAAGGGCCAGAGUUUCAUGCUGCAUCAGAUCCGCAAGAUGGUUGGUUUAGCUAUUGCUAUUGUUCGGGGCAACACAACUACGACGAGUUUGGAGCGGGCGCUAACGGAGGAACGCUUGGACCUACCUAUGGCCCCCGGACUUGGUCUCGUGCUGGACACAGUGCAUUACGAGCGCUACAACGAUCGCUACGGCAAGGACGGCAUCCACAACCCGCUGACGUGGCAGGCACAGGAGGCGCAAGUGAAGGAGUUCAUUGAAAGGGAGAUCUUUAGUCAGAUCUAUAAGACGGAAGCCGAGCAGCGCAACAUGCUUGACUGGAUAGGAACGUUGCAUUUUCACUCGUACGACACGAGAAAGGAUGACGCACCACCUGCUCCCACGGAGGGCAAAAGGAGUAAGGAUGACGAUAAUGAUGAAUGAGCAUUAGUAUAAUUUUUUUAGAUGCAUAAAUGAAAUUUGUAUGAAAAGUUUUGAGUUUUAAUAUUAAACUUGUUUUUAAA